AUGGGAAGUUAUGAAAAAUCCUCAAUUCCUACAUAUAUAGAAAGAAUGACAGAUAUUGAAGAUAAUGAAAAUAGUGAAAAUGUUAGUAAUACAGCUCUUGAAAUAGCACGUAUACUAUCAGAUUCACAAGAUAAAAAUGAUUAA